CACAUUUUUUUAUUUCUACUCUCAAAAGUUCAACAUGGAUUUGGAACAGCUGCUUCACAACCUGCUCAGCCCUGAGAACGCUACCCGACAAGCGUCGGAGGACUAUUUCGAGCGCAUUGCGCUGAUUCCCGAGCAGCUCUUCCCGAUCUGCACUCAGUACAUGACACAGUCCGCUCAUUCCGAGGUCCGUCAAAUGGCCAUUGCGCUCUUCCGUCGCAAAGCCUUUGCGCUCGUCGGUCCGGACAAUGACCGAAAGUCGCUCUGGAUGACCACGGCGCACGAGCUGCGUGAGCAGGUCAUGGCUGCCUUCCUCAGUGCCCUCCAGACCGAGACAGAUCGCGCUGUCCGUCGACGAAUUGUCGAUGCCGUGUGCGACAUUGCCAACAUGGCGCAAGACUCGGACGAGGAGGAUGUUCAGUGGGCGGCAUUGUUGCCGACUCUUUUCGCGCUCAUCCAGUCAGAGGAUGCCACCAGGCGCACGUCUGCCUUGGCCAUCAUCAACGCGACGCCGACUGUUUUCGGCUCGCAACUCGCCCGCUACAUUGGUGUUGUUCACGGUAUUUUCGCCGAUCAGAUGCGCGCCGAGAACGACCUGGAGACGGCGGAAAUGGCGGUGCGCGCUGCAGUCGGCUUUAUGCUCUUCCUGAACCGCGAGCAGCGCAACGGCUUUACAGAUCUUCUGCCGCUCAUGCUCUCUGUUACUUCGCGUGCCAUGGCCAGUGGUGACGACGCUACCGCUGGCGAUGUCAUCGGAUGCCUCAUUGAGCUUGCCGAGCAUUCCCCCACCAGCUUCCGCAACUGCUUUGCAGAGGUUGUCAACACACUCGUGGCUGCUGCGGGCAACACUGCGCAGCUGGAGGACGGCACUCGCCAUCUGUGUGUUGAGCUGUUGGUCACGUUUGCCGAGCGCCACCCCGGCAUGUGCCGUCGCUUUGAGGGUUUUGCCGGUGUUGUUGUGCCCGUCCUGCUCCAAAUGAUGGUCGAGUAUGACGAAAGCGAGCAGGCUGCUGUGGCUUGGGCGGCGUCCAACUCUGAGGUGGCGGAGGAUGAGGACGAGACUGCCAUUGUUGGCGAGCAAGCGCUCGACCGCAUUGCUGUUGCGCUCGGCGGCAAGACGCUGAUCAGCGCCGUUCUCGCCCCCAUUUCCCAGAUGCUCCAGUCGCAGGACUGGCGCCACCGUCUUGGUGCAUUGAUGGCAAUUUCUGCCAUUGGCGAGGGCGCGCACGGCGUUCUCAAGCAAUACCUGCCCGAGAUCCUGACGCAAGUCUCGCACAGCCUUGUCGAUCCCAACCCGCGCGUUCGCUUCGGCGCCUGCAACGCGAUCGGUCAAAUGGCUACAGACUUUGCGCCAAUCAUCCAAGAGCAAUACGCACAGCUCUUUAUGAACGGCGUCCUCCCCUUGUUGGAUGAGACCAGCUUCCCGCGUCUGCAAGGCCACGGCAGCGCUGCGCUCGUCAACUUUACCGACAUUCCCGCAGAGGCUGCCAUGGAAAUGGACUCGACCCUCGGCGACGUGCUCAGGCCGCAUCUCGACGCCAUCCUCACCCGCCUGCUCAACCUGCUCAGCACCCCUCAUCGUUUCAUCCACGAGCAGGUCAUUACCACCAUUGGCAUCAUUGCCGACGCCGUGGAAGAGUCGUUCGUGCCCUACUAUAACAACUUUAUGCCCUUGUUGCGCACCGUCCUGCUGGACCUUACCCACGACCCUGAAGCCGCUGGCCUCCGCGGUCGUGUCAUGGAGUGCAUCACGCUCAUUGGUCUGGCUGUCGGCAAGGACAUCUUCCAACAAGAUGCCGCCGAGGUCAUGAGCAUUCUUGUUGCCCAGCCGCUCUCGGUUGAGGACCCGCAGCUGCCUUACGUUUUGACCGCAGCCACGCGCAUUUGCAAGGUCCUCCGAAAAGAUUUCAUUGUCUACUUGGACGCCAUCUGGCCCGCAUUGAUUGCGGCCGCCAGCAUCCAACCCGAGCUGAUGGUCUUUGAGGAGGACGAUCCCAAAGCUGCCGACUUUGAAAACCGCCCUGGCUGGGAGUCUGCGCGCUUGGACUCGCAGAUUGUCUCCGUCCGCACCUCCACGCUUGAUGACAAGGCCACUGCUUGCGAAAUGCUGAUUUGCAUUGCUCGCGAGCUCCAGGAGCUCUUCGCCCCGCGCGUCAGCGACAUUGCUACGCUCAUGCUCCCCCUGCUGCGCUUUUACUUCCACGACGGUGUGCGUCUUGCAGCCGCCUGCAUUAUGCCGUUCUUGAUUCGCAGCCUUGUUUCCGCCGUCGAAUUGCAGGAUGCCAACUCUGCCGCCGCUCAAACGCAACUGGCAGUCGUCGCCCCGCUGAUCUACGACGCUCUUAUUGAAGCCAUCUCCCUUCACAGCAAGGAUAUGGUUCAGAUGGUCACUGGAUUCCUCGACUCAUUCCAUUUGACUCUGUCGUCGGCUGGUGCGCACGUGUCGUUCCCCGACGUUCUUUAUCGCAAGCUUGCGGACGCCCUCAUUAAGCAGCUGGCGUAUGACCAUUUGCGAGUUCUUGAUCGUGCUCGCGAGCGUCAGGAUGAGUUCUAUGAUGAAGAGAUGGCAGACCGUAUUAACGAGACGGAGCGCGAAGAGCAAGGUGUCCUGCAAAACUUUGCCGAAACCUUCCAUGUGCUCUUCCAAUACCAGCGUGAAAACGCUCUGAUUCUCUAUGAGGCUAUCGCCCCCAAGCUCAUCGAGAUGAUCCGGCGCGAUCACUCGCCCAUCGAGCGCAAAUGGGCGCUCUGCGUUUACGACGACAUGCUCGAGUUCCUUGGCCCGGUGGCGUGGCGCUACGCCACGCACUUCCUUGAGCCCUUGCUCAACGGUAUCCAGGACGAGAAUUUCGAUGUGCUCCAAACGUGCGCGUACGGUGUCGGUCUGAUGGCCAAGACUGGCGGCCCCGACUUCCGAGAGUUUGCUGCUGCCACUCCCCCGUUCCUCUUGCAGAUGGCCCAACGCCCCAACGCGCGCCUUCCUGACAACUUGAUUGCAACUGAUAACGUCGUCUCUGCACUGGGCAAGAUUAUCGAGGCGGGUUAUGUUGAUCAGUCAACCUGGCUGCCAGCUUGGUUCAACCUGUUGCCUGUUGAGAGCGACAUUACCGAAGCCCCUGACGUGUACGGGUUUAUUGCCAAUCUGCUUGACCAGCAAAAUCCCAUUGCCGUGCAGCACUACCCCAUUCUUGUGGCAGCUUUCUGCAGCGUUAUUUCAAUCGAUGCUCUCGAUGCGCCGCUGGAAGCCAAGCUGCUUCAUCAUUUGCAGACUUUCUCGAGCAGUGCUUCGGCGGAAGACAUGCAACUGUUCAACUCCAAGCUGACCGAAGUGGGCAAGGACAAUCUUAGCUCCCUCAACAAAUCCUUGGCUCAAGACGGCAACCCACCCAGCCAGUAAACAAAGUGCCCCUCCCCUUCCCCCUACUUUCGUUUUGCUGUAUUUUUUUGAAAUCCGGUUAUUUUUUUGUUGUUUGUGUGUUUGUGUCUGUGUCCGCGGCUGCAUUCUCAUUUCCAAGAGCGCAGUUUCGGUUGUGUGCGUAUGUUGUUUGUGUAUUCGACCAAGCAAUGAAAAGGUUCCCGACGA